GCGGGGAGGCUUUCCUUGAUGCAUGCUUGUAAUUAAAGGGAUGGAGAAAGGAUACGGAAGCAUAUGUCGCGUUGUAUGGACUGGAGCCGGAGAAGGUUUUGAGCUGCGCAAAAAAGACGUUUUCUAUACCAUCUGGGCGCUCAGUAACCAUGUCAAUCUUGUUAUUGACGAGGGAAAAGAGGUCUCAGCGGAGGCACAGGAGAAAUAUCAGGUUUUCCUGGACGAGCUACAAAGGACGGAGCACUUCCCUAGAUACCAGAAGAACCACCCUGAGACUCCGUUGGGCAAGGUAUACUCGAGCAUAUGAAAGCUGCUGGCUAUAGAAUCCUCUGAUGCUUGGUGGUUUUGGUGGUUUGUAAAUUGCUUUUUUGAAUCAAUGGAUGUUCCAUUUCCC